CUUUUUUGAACGUCCCAGAGACGGUCUGUGUUGACCAGGAGGAAUUGGCACUGAAAAUGUGUGGCAAGUACACAUUUGGUCAGCCUGUGGCAGGAACAGUUUCUAUGUCAUUGUGUCGGAAAACCUGGUCCGAUGAUGCACAGACCUGCUCUGUGGUGUCCCUAGAGAUGGAUGCAACUGGCUGUGCCUCUAAUGCAUUCAAGAUGGCGCCGUUAAUGGAAGCCGACGAUUAUCCACAUGAGUUGACAUUCAAUGCCACUGUGACUGAGGAGGGCACUGUCCGUCCCCUCCGGGCCGCGAACUUGCCUCGUCAACACAUCGGUUCGGCAGUGGGAGGCACAAUCAAAUUCACUCGUUACGAUGGCAUCCCCUUUGCUUCCAAAACUGUGUAUCUGUUUAAAGGUCCAGAACGGAGAGCAGAACUCCUUCAGACCCUCACCACAGACUCUGAUGGAGUGGCCCAGUUCUCUCUCAACACUAAUACUAUCAAUGGAAACUUUAAGCUCAUCGCGGAAAACAGCUCUCUGGUCAUUGAUCCUGUCAGGGACCGUUUCCCCUGUGACACGGAGACCCCCAUCCCCAUCACAUACACCUUCGCUGGGGAGACCUUCAACAUGGACUCUCUGGACAUCAUGUUUGUGGUUUUCGCUAAAGGAGAGAUUGUCCAGCAUGUCGUCAUGCAGGUUCCAGUGAGCAAUGGGCAGCCGGUCAUCAAGGGGAAAGGGUCCUUCAACUUAUCUGUGCAGCCAGAGAUGGCGCCCUCUGUGCAGGUGUUGGUGUACUGCGUCUUACCCAGCAACAAGACACUCAUGGCUGACAGCAGAGUUUUCUCCACUGAGAAGUGCUUCAGAAACAAGGUGUCUGUGCAGCUCUCGUCCCCUACGGCCGUCCCAGGGGAGAGGAGCUCCCUGCAGCUGUCUGCCCAGCCGGGCUCUCUCUGUGGCCUCAGCAUGGUGGACCAGAGCGUCUUCAUCCUGGCUCCCGGGAAACAGCAGGAUGCUCACAAGAGAUUGGGACUAAAGGCCAUUACUAACAUGGCUGUAGACAAAGCCAAGUGCAAAGAGCUAAUGAGGAAACUACAGGGGGCAGGUACCAUAGGCCCACUGCCUGCCCCCAUGAGAGUUGGUGCUUAUGCGGCCUCUUCAAGUUACCAGGGUGGCUCAGGAUACAUUGAGGCCAAAAUAGAAGCUUCUAACCACAGUGAUGCAGACACCCGAGGGGCCACGGGUAGCAGGCCUGAGGGGACCCAGCCACAUGCCUCUGCAGCCACGCCAGAGGGUAUCCGGCCUGAGGGGACCCAGCCACAUGCCUCUGCAGCCACGCCAGAGGGUAUCCGGCCUGAGGGGACCCAGCCGCAUGCCUCUGCAGCCACGCCAGAGGGUAUCCGGCCUGAGGGGGACCACCAGCCGCAGACCUCUGUAGCCAGGCCAGAGGGUGCCGGACCUGAGGGGACCCAGCCACCGACUCCUGCCGCCACGCCAGGGGGUGUGCGGCCCAGCGUGGACGAGCUGCAGACCUCUGCAGCCAUGCCAGGGGGUGUUCGGCCCAGGGAGGCCCAUCCGCAGACCCCUGCAGCCAUGCGAGGGGCCACGGGCAUUCGGUCUGAGGUGACCCGGCAACAGACACCUGAGUUGUUGGGAGCUGGGGCUGGGGUGCCCCCAGUUACACGUUUGGCGGGAGAAAACGGUGUGCCAGGACACUGUGGUGCCGCACCGAAAUCCCGCAGGCCAGGCUGGCCUGUGCCAGCCAGGGAGCACAGAGGUGGUUUCGCUGUGAACGAGGCGGAGGAGGAGGAGGAGGCGGAGGCGGAGGCGGAGGAAGAAUUGAAGGAUGCCAAUGAUGUAUCUGAAGCAGCUGAUGCUGAAUCUGCUGGCGUGACGGUCCGCACAGUCUUCCCAGAAACAUGGCUCUGGACCCUGGAGGAGGUGGGAGAGCCUGGAACCACGCAGGUCCCCAUCACUGUCCCCGACACCAUCACCAGCUGGGAGACGGAGGCCUUCUGCCUGCACCCCCAGGGCUUUGGUCUCGCUCCGUCAGUCAAGCUCACCGUUUUCCAGCCCUUCUUCCUGGAGCUGUCCCUGCCAUACUCCAUCAUACGGGGAGAGACCUUCCAGCUCAAAGCCACCGUCUUCAACUACCUGCCCAAGUGCAUCAUGGUGAUAGUGACUCCAGCCCCCUCAUCAGACUUCAGUCUGAGCCCCUCUGCUGAUGGCCAGUACUCCUCCUGUCUGUGUGCCAACGGCAGGAAGACCUUCAGCUGGACACUGGUGCCCUCCACGCUCGGGCUGAUGAAUAUUACUGUGGCUGCGGAGGCUACCUCCUCCCAGACCCCGUGUGGCAAUGAGUUGGUGACAGUGCCUGAGAGGGGCCGCAUUGACAUAGUCACACGCCCUCUGCUGGUCAAGGCUGAAGGAACAGAGAAAACAGAAAGCUUCAAUUGGCUGCUAUGUCCAAAGGGGGGCGCUCUAACGGAGGAGGCGGAGCUGGAACUGCCAGCAGACGUCAUAAAGGGAUCUGCACGAGCCUCCAUCUCUGUGCUGGGAGACAUCUUGGGUCGUGCCCUGAAGAACAUGGAGGGUCUCCUGAGGAUGCCGUAUGGCUGUGGAGAGCAGAACAUGGCCAUCCUCUCCCCAAACAUCUACAUCCUGCAGUAUCUGCACAACACUGGCCAGCUCACCACAGACAUCAGAGAGAGGGCCACCAACUUCCUCAAGAGUGGAUACCAGCGACAGCUUAACUACAGACACAGUGACGGGGCCUACAGCACAUUUGGCAAAGGAGACGGGAACACGUGGCUAACUGCGUUUGUGAUGAGAUCUUUUGGAAAAGCAAAGGCCUUCACCUACAUUGACCCAGAGGUUUUAAAAUCUGCUGAGACUUGGCUGAGAAAUAAACUCAUGCCGUCUGGCGUUUUCCAAAUGCAAGGAAAGCUCUUCAACAACCGGAUGAAGGGAGGAGUAAAUGAUGACAUCACCAUCACUGCUUACAUCACAGCAGCAAUGCUGGAACUGGACAUGGCCGUGCCCGUAAGAAAAAGCACCAUGAGUUUCCUCAAGGCGUCCGUUAGUGACCUGUCCAACAUGUACUCCACUGCCCUGCUGGCCUACACCUUCAGUCUGGCAGGAGAAGAAGAGAUCAGAGCUCAGCUGCUCAAACACCUGGACACUGUAGCAGCCUCUAGUGGCG